AGGGUUGCCACUUAGAAUGGAUACUCUUCACGCACCGACUGUGCCCUCUGGGCCGACAUCGAAUUUCAGCCAGAGAAACGGCGACGCAGGGAAGCAGAGUUUCGCAGAACUGCAGCGCAAGAAGGACGAUAUGGAGGCAGAACUUAAGGCUCUAGGAAGUGUCCUUGAUUCGCACGGCGUUGAUAUGCAAACGCCGCUAUUGACUAGAGAUGGCUUUCCCCGAGCAGAUCUCGAUGUUGCUCAGAUUCGCACCACAAGAGCGCGUAUCAUUCGUCUACGUAAUGAUUACAAGGAUCUCAUGACGGCGAUAGAAAAGUAUCUACACGAACAUUUUGCGAGCAUCCAAGAGGGGGAUGAAGCCCCUAGUACAGCUGGGGAUGAACCUCGCAUCUUACCGGAUUCUCAGUCCGAACAGUUGGAUGAGCCGUUUGCAAAGGUCAACACCGUCGCGCCAGGCAGUCCGGCGCAGCAGGCUGGCUUACAGGCUGGCGAUGAGAUUCGCAACUUUGGCUACGUUAACCGAUCAAAUCAUGAUGGUCUCAAAAAGGUGGCAGAGUGUGUUCAGGGUAACGAAGGAAGAAACAUCUUCAUUAAGGUAUCCCGGCCUGAUGGAGUAGCUCGCCGACAGGAGCUGAGAUUGACUUUAACUCCAAGGAAAGACUGGGGUGGAAGGGGGAUGCUAGGCUGUCACAUUUUGCCUCUGUAACAUGUCAUCGGGAUGCAAUAUCCUCACAAACUGACCUAAUCAGCAGUUCCGGCUAGAUGGAUUUUGGUCACACCCGAGUCAGUGGCGCCAUGCCAGCGCCAGAAGGUCAAUGUCAAAUUAUUUGCUGUAUUGCCAUCUAUCACGCGUUGGGCACCUGUCGGCGUCAUCAUAGACAGGAGAUUGUGUACAUGGAGCACGAUACGGAGUAUAAUUGCGGCCUGUUGACAAACAGCUCGGCGCGCAUUUGGACGGGUUGAAUUAGGCACCAGGAAGAUGCUGACAAAGCCGGGGUGGCACUAGGGGGGGGAAGUUGCGUCAUGAUGCUGUGCAGAAAGCCAAGAUAUCAAAGCUGCUCAUGUGAAAAUGCUUGAUGGGUUUUUUGAGAAGAGUGGCGAUUGGUAUUGCCAGGCACUGCUAAUCUAUCCUAGUGCUACCUUAGGUAUUAGGAGCAAAGGCUUAGUACCUAGUAUUGAUGUAAUUAUACCUUCCAUGGUCAAGGACUUGAGAGGGCUU